AAGGGAGAGAGCUCACUGAAUCCCACGGGACUAUGACAGAAUUACACCUUUGAGAAUGCAAUAUAAUUCGUACCUGUGGGAAGCAGCAGUGUGCCAGAGGAAAAAGGGAAGAGGAGGAUUUCUCUCGUUUUUCCUGUACAACCUACAACACAAAUUUUAGUGGCGCGAGCGGGCAUGGCAGUGUUAGAACGGGAGGAGUAAACAGUCUAAGUAAUGAAGAUUUAAACGUUUGUCAGACUUGAGAAGAUGAGUGAUUUGGAGGACGAGAAGGACGGAGCAGAGUCUGGAGUAUUCAGCACUGUGUCUAUGAAGAGUGACCACUCCAAAGAUAUUCCUUUAUUCUUCAGUAAUGAACCUGGACCAUCACACACACAACUUGAGAAGAUGAGUGAUUUGGAGGACAAGAAGGACGGAGCAGAGUCUGGAGUAUUCAGCACUGUGUCUAUGAAGAGUGACCACUCCAAAGAUAUUCCUUUAUUCUUCAGUAAUGAACCUGGACCAUCACACACACAAGAAAAGAAGAGGAACCGUGUUUCAGUGGAGGGGCAGCUGUCCUCCUGUUCUUUGUGUCAAGACGUUCUGAAGGAUCCAGUCUCUACCAACUGUGGACACAGUUUCUGCAGACAGUGCAUCACGUCAUACUGGGACCAGUCUGCUUCAUCAGGAGACUGCUCCUGUCCCCAGUGUGGAAAAAAACCCAGAACAAGAGCUGGACUGCAGACAGCCAGUCAGACCAGCACUGUACAAAUGGAUGGUGGUCUGCAGGAGGUUUUAGAUGAGCAUAAGAUCAGUCUGAAAAAGAGAUGUGAAUGUGUGACUGAAGGAAGUGAUGAAACAGGAAGUGGAACCCUCCUCAACAGGAUCUACACUGAGCUCUACAUCACAGAGGGACAGAGUGAAGAGGUUAAUACCCAACAUGAGGUUUGGCAGCUUGAGACAGUUUCCAAGAAGAAGACCCCCCAUGACACUCCAAUCAAGUGUCACGACAUCUUUAAAGCCUUACCUGAUCAACAAGGACACAUCAGAGUGGUUCUGACCAACGGUGUCGCUGGCGUUGGAAAAACCUUCUCCGUACGGAAGUUUACUCUGGACUGGGCCGAGGGUUUGGAAAACCAAGAUGUCAGUCUGGUGAUUCUGCUUUCAUUCAGGGAGCUGAACUUGAUCAAAGAUGAGCAGUACAGUCUUCUCAAGCUGCUCCAUGUUUUCCAUCCAACAUUACAGAAGGUCACAGCAGAGGACCUCGCUAUCUGUAAAGUUCUGUUCAUCUUUGAUGGCCUGGAUGAAAGCAGACUUUCAUUGGAUUUCAACAAUGAAGUUGUGUCUGAUGUCACACAGAAGUCAUCAAUCAACGUGCUGUUGACAAACCUCAUUGAGGGGAAUCUGCUUCCCUCAGCUCUUGUCUGGAUAACUUCCCGACCUGCAGCAGCCAAUCAGAUCCCUCCUGCAUGUGUUGACAGGGUAACAGAAGUACGAGGCUUCACUGACCCCCAGAAGGAGGAGUACUUCAGGAGGAGAGUCAGUGAUGAAGAGCAGUCCAGCAGAAUCAUCUCACACAUCAAGACAUCCAGGAGCCUCCAAACCAUGUGUCUAAUCCCAGUCUUCUGCUGGAUCACUGCUACAGUUCUGGAUCACAUGUUGACCACAGAGCAGAGAGGAGAGCUGCCCAAGACCCUGACUGAACUGUACUCACACUUCCUGCUGGUUCAGACAAAGAGGAAGAAGCAGAAGUAUGAUGAGGGACAUGAGACGAGUCCACAGGAGCUGACAGAGGCUGACAUGGACAUUCUUCUGAAGCUGGGGAGGCUGGCAUUUGAACAGCUGGAGGAAGGAAACAUCAUGUUCUACCAGGAAGACCUGGAGCAGUGUGGUCUUGAUAUCACAGAGGCCUUGGUGUACUCAGGAGUUUGUACAGAGAUCUUCAAAAAAGAGAGUGUGAUCUUCCAGAAAACAGUUUACUGCUUUGUUCAUCUGAGCGUUCAAGAGUUUCUGGCUGCAGUCUACAUGUUCCACUGUUACACCAACAGGAAGACAGAGGUACUGGAGGACUUCCUGGGGACGGACCUGGACUGUGGUAACAGUGAUUCAUCCCAGCUUGCAGAUGAGGAGGAGGAGGAGGGUGCUGAUGUUGAUUUAACCAAUAAUGACAGCAACAAUGUCAGGGAAAAUGAGCAUUACCCAUCCAUGGAGAUGAUGAUGGAGGAGGAGGAUGAGGAGGAUGAGGAUGAUGAUGAUGAUGAGGAGGAGGAUUAUGAGGAGGAGGAUGAUGAUGAGGAGGAGGAGGAUGAGGAAGAUGAGGAGGAGGAGGAGGAGGAGGAGGAAGAUGAGGAGGAGGAGGAUGAGGAAGAUGAGGAAGAUGAUGAUUCAUCCCAUGAUGACAACAAUGACCGUUACCUACCCCUGGAUGUCUUCCUGAAGAGAGCAAUGGAGAAAUCCCUGGAAAGUAAAAAUGGUCACCUGGACCUGUUUGUUCGCUUCCUUCAUGGCCUCUCUCUGGAGUCCAACCAGAGACUGCUAGGAGGUCUGCUGGGUCAGACAGACGCUAGUCCAGAAAUCAUUCAGAAAGCCAUCAACAACCUAAAGAAAACAGUCACGUACGAUAUCUCUCCUGACAAAAGCAUCAACAUCUUCCACUGUCUGACAGAGAUGAAUGACCACUCAGUACAUCAGGCGAUCCAAGAGUUCCUGAAGUCAGAGAACAGAUCAAAGAUGAGACUCUCUGAGAUCCAGUGCUCAGCUCUGGCCUACAUACUGCAGAUGUCAGAGGAGGUUGUGGAUGAGUUGGACUUGAUGAAGUACAAAACAUCAAAUCAGGGACGACAGAGACUGAUUCCAGCUGUGAGGAACUGCAGAAAAGCUCGACUUUCUGGCUGUGAGCUGUCAACUGUACAUUGUAACACUGUGGCCUCAGCUUUAAAGUCCAGCCCCUCCCACCUAAGAGAGCUUGACCUGAAAAACAAUUAUCUGGAGAAUUCAGGAGUGGAGCUUUUGUCUGAUGGACUGGACAGUUCACACUGUAGACUGGAGACUCUGAGACUUAAUAGCUGUGAAAUAACAGCGGGUGGCUGUGCUUCUUUGGCCUCAGCUCUGAAGUCCAACCCCUCCCACCUGAGAGAGCUGGACCUCAGUAACAACAAGCUGCAAGAUUCAGGAGUGAAGCUGCUGUGUGAUUUUCUGGCGAGUCCACACUGCAAACUGGAGACUCUAAGAUUGAGGGGCUGCAGUUUGUCAGAGAUCAGCUGUGCUCCUUUGGCUUCAGCUCAGAAGUCCAACCCCUCCCAUCUGAGAGAGCUAGAACUGAGUAAGAACAAGCUGCAAGAUUCAGGAGUGAAGCUGCUGUGUGAAUUUCUGGAGAGUCCACACUGUAAACUGGAGUCAUUGAGGCUUCAAAGGUGUGAGCUAUCAGAGACUGGCUGUGUUUCUCUGGCCUCAGCUCUGAAGUCCAACCCCUCCCAUCUCAGAGAGCUGCAGCUGAGUGACAACAACCUGCAGGAUUCAGGAGUGAAGCUGCUGUGUGAUUUUCUGGAGAAUCCUCAUUGUAGACUGGAGACUCUGAGACUUAAUAGCUGUGAGCUAUCAGAGACUGGCUGUGUUUCUUUGGCCUCAGCUCUGAAGUCCAACCCCUCCCAUCUGAGAGAGCUGGACCUGAGCUACAACAAGCUGCAGGAUUUGGGAGUGAAGCUGCUGUGUGAUUUUCUGGAGAGUCCACACUGUAGACUGGAGACUCUGAGGCUUCAAAGCUGUGAGCUGUCAGGGGUCAGUUGUGUUUCUCUGGCCUCAGCUAUGAAGUCCAACCCCUCCCAUCUAAGAAAGCUGCAGCUGAGUGACAACAACCUGCAAGAUUCAGGAGUGAAGCUGCUGUUUGCUGGACUGGACAGUGCAUGUGGUAGAAUGGAGCCUCUGAGGCUCGAUGACAGAGAAAACAGGGCUACACCUGACAGACAUGAAGGACAUCCGUCCACAUCAAACCCAAACCUCGAUGUGUCUGACAGAAAUGAGGAGACUGUGGAUGAAAUGAAUCAGCUAUGCCCUGGAGAUCCAGAGAGGUUGAGGCAGCAGCAGCUUCUGUGUACAGAGGCUCCGAAUUCAAAUGACAAGUUAAAAUUCACACCUGAACUGCUGACUGAGUCUGGAAAGACUACAUACAGGUUCAGAUGUCCUCAUGCAGGUGUUUUCCAGUGUGAUUUGACCGAACUGGUGUUUGUUAUGGCUCAGAAGGUGGAGCUCAAGUACAGCAUUGUCCAAUGGGAUGAGAACCUCCUCCAAUCAGCAGACAAGAUGGCUGCAGGGCCACUGUUCAAAAUCAAGUGCUCUGAGGAUGCUGCUGUCUGUCAGCUCCACCUCCCACACUGUGAAACUAGGGAUGCUCUGACCUCUGGGCACCUGUUGUCUGUCGUCCACAUCAAUGACAAUGGAAUGAGCAUCCUCAACCCACUGAAGAUUACAGACACUCAUGUGGUGGUCAGUGUCCCUCACCUCUCUGCCUUUGGCCUUCUCUGGAACGUCAUAAGGGGGAUUUUGAAAAGACCAGUCAGUGGUCAAAUUCUGCUGUUCCUUGGACAACAAAACCCUAAAACACAGUGGCAAAAACUCAGUGUACUUCUGCUGCCAAGAAACAUCCCUCUGGACGAGGUGAGCGCAAAACGACAAAAUUCUGUUUACAUUGAGGCUCCUUCCACAUGUAAACUCAUCCAAGAUCACAGUUACACUGUUCACUGUCCUCAGGCCAUUAAAAUACAACCUAAGAAAGCAGAGUUUGACGUGGAGUUUGGACCAAAUUACCACCCAACGUUUGAGAUCCGCCUGCCUACAAACGAGGAGGAAGUGACUUUAACAGUCCGAGACCAAAGCCAGAGAGAAGUCUGGAAGCAUGAUGUCUAUCUGAAUGGUCCAAGAGAGGCAGUUACACAGAGGAAUGUCCCAGCAGAGGACAGUGUCCUAGCAGAGGACAACGUCCCAGCAGAACGCAACGUCCCAGCAGAGGACCGCAUCCCAGCAGAGAAUCGGCCUUUAGAUCGGACAGAGUUUGUAAACAGAGUAUCUGAUCCUACUCUGAACCAGCUUCUGGAUAAACUUCUUGAAUGUCACGUUAUAAGUGAUGAUGAAAUGCAGUCAGUCAGACCAAAAAGCAGAGUAGAGAAAGCACGAGACUUGAUUGACAUGGUGCGAAGAAAGGGAAGUGAAGCCAGCUCACGUCUUACUGCUGCUGUGCAUGAGGUGGAUCCAUACCUUUCCAGAGAGCUGAAAUUAAGCAGAAGCAAAAGCAAGAACCGGUGAAGUGUGAUGAUGAAUUUCUCUUACGGUUAUACAUCACUCAUUGGCAUCUUUAAGUGAGAAGGUUUCCAGUUAAAGCCUGCUGUAAGUGAACUUUUACUCUGAAAGUGAUUCAGUCACGUGAAGAGGGGAGAAAGGGAGAAGAAAUAGGGACAAGAAACUGAAGUCUGUGUUCUUAAAACAAGGUCUUCCUGCUUGUCCUUGAGAUUGUGUUCUACGAGAAGAAAAUGUACCUCAGAGUGACUCACCACAGAGCAGGUUGUCAUCAGUUUGGACAGUUUGUUGAUACAGUGUCUGAAACUGUUCUAAACCAGCUGCUGGAUCAACAUUUGCUGGGUGCAUGAGAAAUCAAGAAAAAAUGGAGUACACUGGAACCAGAGCUGACUUGGCAUGAGUUGUGAUUAAUAUGGUGCGAAAUAAAGGCCCACAAGUCAGUUCUUCCCUGACUGAAGACUUUAGUAUUAGAGAUUAUCUCAGCAACCGGCAGCAAUGUGUUUGUAUAGAUGGUAUGAAUUCCAAUAGAUCACAGAUUCCAAUAUUCAGGUGAAUAGGCUUUCCUUAAAUAUCAACAAAUCCAAUUAUAUGAUUUUCAGACAUAAAAACAAAAAUGAUUCAAAACAAGACUCAAUUAUUUAUCAAUGACAUUGAAAUUAAACAGGUCUCUCAUGCCAAAUUUUUAGGUGUUAUUGUUGAUGAAGGCCUUACAUGGAAAAGCCAUAUUGAGCUUGUGUGCAAAAACUUAUGAAGUCUUAUGGCAUAAUUAGAAUGAUUUCUUCUUUAGUGAAUCGCUCCUGUCUUCUGACAUUGUAUUACAGUUUAAUAUACCCAUAUUUAUCUUACUGUAAUAUUAUUUGGGCCAGUAUAUUUCCUACUUCUCUUCACAAACUUUUUUUGUUGCAAAAGAAAUUCAUAAGGCUUGCCACUACUUCUACUCAAUCUGAACCAUCUGCUCCUCUUUUUAUGCAACUUAAGAUAUUAUCAAUUUUUGAUAUUAAUGUGUAUCAGACAUGUAUUUUUAUGUUUAACUGUAUUUAAAAGGUUGAUUAUUUUCCUGCUGUUUUCCAUAAUUUUUUCAUACCAAAUUCCAGUAUUCAUUCAUAUCCUACCAGGCAAUCAAAAAAUAUUCAUUGUCAUUUCUCCUGCACAACAUUAGGUCAGUUCAGUAUAAGAUUCAGAGGUCCUACAAUAUGGAAUUCAAAACCUUCUAUGAUUAAAAACUGUUCUUCUGCUCCACUGCUGAAGUCCAGGCUUAAAUAUGCGUUGCUAGGUGAAUAACUUUGUGCUUUUUGUUACUGUCAUUUUGUGUAUGCUGUUUUAUCUUGAUUCGUUUUGAUUAUUAUUAAUGUUGGUAUUAUUAUUAUCAUUAUUAUUAUUGUUGUUAUCUCAAUGUUAUGAAAUUUGUUUGGAAGUUUUUUAUUUUCACUUUGCUUUAGGCUCUUGUGUUGAAUUGGUGAUGUACUUAAGGAGCUGAGGCCCCGUAUAGGCCCAUCUGGGUCUCUUGCCUCUGCUCAGCACCUUUAUUUUGUGAUGGCCUUUUUUUUUUUUUUUUCUAUUGUCUUUUGCAAUGGUGCAAAAUAAACAAAUAAAUAAAUAAAUAAAUAAAUAAAAUAGUAUCUUUGAUCCACACCUUUCCAAACUUGACCUCCAUAGACAGAAACAACAUCCACCAUUCCCCACACAUCUCACAAGGUUUUCACACCCAGGCCAGUCACCACUGGUCACUGUUGCAUGUGACCCAUGACAUCACCUGAGGGCCUCAUUAUAACACAAUGCGUAGGAUCCAUACUAAAUAUGUACAUACGGACAAAAGUCAAAAAUGCGUGCACCAGAAAAUAUUUGACAGUUUCUACAAUCAGGCUUCCACCUCACCAUCUGUGCUGCCAAUUUCCCAUCUACAAAAUGUUCGUAAGCAUGGGUCAAAGUUUCUUCCAUCAAGUCUGCUUUUAUAUAUAUCACAACUUUUGCAUGGGAAGUGGUGUACUAGUAGGGUCACUGCUGCAGUCACUCCUCUGCUUUUAUUCACCUCCUUGCUUCCAGAGCGUGGAAACACACUGAACAUGAUGGUACACAGUAUGACCCAGAUGUGCUGAUCACUGGCAUCCUUCCAUGAAGUAGUUUGUAAUGACAUGACAGCACACAACAACCUUCGAGGGAUGUUUUUUCCUGGUGGUGCACUGGUGGAGUGGAUCAGUGUGGAUUAAUGAAAAAUAAGAACAAAGAGUUUAUUUCAUGACAAGUGAACAUGAGCACAGUAACAGUUCAGGUUAAGCAAGACUAACUUCUAUCAAUGUAUGUGUCACAUUGAUUUGAUUUACAUUUGUCCACUGAGUUUUAUUGUUGUGGUUGUUUUGGAAUCAGGUUAUUGGGGAAGUUGACUUUGCCAAAGCCACACAAACAUCCACUCUUUGUGUUUUUAUUUUUGCUUUAUGAUAUUGUGAAUCAUUUCUUUUGAAACAUAUGCUGUGUGUUUAAUGUUGCACAGGAGUGAAUGCUGCCAAUCUCUGCUACUGUACGUCAAGAAAAAUACCUCAGUCUUACUAUUGACAGGGUCAUUUUGGUUAUAGUUAUCCUUAAUACCAGCAGAGUUCCAAAAUGAUAGUUCAGUGUAUUUUAUGAGACUGAGUUAAUAUAUUUAAGGUGACAUGGUUUUUCCAUAAAGGCCCUGAGGCUCAGGAAUUCUCUGCCAGAAGAGAUCAGGCUUGCCAGCACUUUACCUGCUUUUAAAUCAUUGCUUAUUUUUUAAGGAAAGCUUUUCCUUUAAUGCCUGAUUUGUACUUCUGUGAUUUGCAACUUUUGUGUUUUAUUUUCUAUUGUUCUGUUUUUACC